ACUGUAAUUUCACGUUUCCACCCAUCUCACUAACGAAGCUUGUUCCACUUCCUCUCUUUAGCGUGGCGCUGUAUUCUUCUCUCUACCCAACUGUUUCAACUUUCUGGGCAAUUAGGUGAAGCAAACAAGUUUCAGAAAUAUAAAUGGCACUUUCAAUGAGCUUGAUCUCUAUCGGCCUCACAUUUGAUCCAAUACCUAAAACUAAAGUCAGUGUACGUGGAAGGUUAAAUCCAAGAUCUUCAGCACGGCUUCAAAUUCGGGCAGUGCAAGAAAACGGUGGACAACGAAGACUAGUGGACAUUAUUAGACUCGUGCCUGACCUCUCAAAGAAUUACUUUAGAAGUCCCUCCCGCAGGACUUUGUUUGGUGGAAUCUCCUUGUUGGGUGGAUUUUAUGUUGCGCAAACGAUUUCACUGUCCUUUGGAGCUCUUGCUGUCAACGAUGUUAUUGCUGCAGUGGUAUGUGUUCUUCUUACCGAGUAUGUGACUAAGUUCUAUUACAGCCGGCCAAAAGUUACUUUUCCUGUUGCUCUUCUCAACAACUUCAAAAUGGGCUUCACUUAUGGUCUUUUCAUUGAUGCCUUUAAGCUUGCAAGUUGAUCCUCAACAUCUACAUGCAGCUUCUCAAGAUUCCUGCCCCUCCAAAAUUGGUUGUGUUGUGUUAGAUCACCUAGCUUGUACAUGCUAAAACUCUUUUACAUCUAAAUGCAACUUCUCAAGAGUCGAGAUGCAUAUUUACAUGGUAGCUAUACAUAUUUGGUCUGACACAACCAAGUUUGUACAUGUUAGAACUGGCUCUAGAACUAUCCUCUCAUUUGUUGUAUAUCAGCUAGAGUACAUGCAAUCUAAAUCUAAAAAUCAUGUCAAUUAUUUCACCCUUAUAUUUCUUCUGUUUCCAUUUUUA